UAUCAAUAUUAUCGCACACAGCCGCUACCAUAAGUAGGUACAACUAACCGCUCUAAAUUUCAAUCGCGUUACCGGAACAGAACCUCAAACGCGAAUCAGUGUAAAUUGUGCAAGUAGAUUAUUCAGUAAACAUCGUGAUCCACGGUUAUUUUAUUUCAUCUUAAAUUCGAGAUGGUGAAAAUUCUGAUAAAUCGUCAAACUCUUGGCGCAGUCGAAGAAACUGAAAAAUGGAUACGACAGGGCCUUUACAUGACACAAAGUUAUUUGAUGAAGCAGGCCAAUUCAGUCAAACAAAGUGAAGAAUUCUUCGAUAAGUUAUUAAAAUGUAAAUCUAUUUUGAAGUUAGAUUUUGAACGAGCCUGUCCUUACAUCAUCAAAUUGCUCUCGGACAAAUCGAUCAGCAUCGAUAUUUUCAACAAGUUGGGAGAUUUAACGUAUCACAUCGCUACGGCGUGUGGAAUCAUCGAAGCCGAUGACAUUAUGUGGUUCGUAAAAAACCUUAUCUACGCUCAGCAAGAUAUCGUAGAUAAAUUCAACGCAGUGUGUAUGGCCGGGCAGGACCAUUUGAUCGGAGACUUCGUUACCGAUGCUAACAUCAACGUUAAUCUACGUGUCGAAGGAAAACACGAGUUGAGCUAUCCUCUGUUUUUGGCCCUACGUUACACUCGAUGGGAAGCAGUCCAGACGCUUUUGCUGCACGGGGCCAACCCGAACGUGACCGCCUUAUUCGAUCGAACUCCUCUGCACAAGCUUUGCUACGAGAUAAGGGACAGUUAUCCUUACUUCCAGAGCGCGACGAAAAUAGUACGUUGUCUCAUCAAAGCCAAAGCCAACGUCAAUGCCACGGACUGCUUUGGAAACAAUCCCAUGUUCUGCGCUCUCAUGAGAGCUGUUUACGAUUUAUACAAUACGAAUUUCUAUCUGACCGACUUUAGGAUGCGUCCAGUGGCUGUGUUGGCGCUGCUAAAAAUACUCGUCCGCACUCCCAACUUCGAAGCGGGCUGUAUUAAAGCCGACUUGGCUGCGACCAAUAGAAUGGGACAAACCUUGAUACACUUUAUCCUCGAUUCCGACCGAGAGGAAAUCAAUUUACUCCCUUACAUCGAAGUCGUGAGGUGGGACGAGGAUCGCGUGGCUAUUAUCGAAUUUCUGCUAGAACAAGGAGCCCCGGUCGAUGCUCCGGAUUUGUACAACGAUUCGCCACUGCAGGUCGCGAUGAAUAAUUUCAAUUAUCGAGCCGUCGAUCUGCUUCUGAAUUGUCAAGCUGAUCUUAAGAUCGUCCGCUUCCAGAGGCAGACGUUCCAACGCAAAAGAUCUGCCUUUGGCUACUACAAAGCCAUCGUCGAUCUUCUCAAAACCAUUGAGAUUUUGGAAUCUCGAGGUUACAAGCUAAACGAGGAGGAGCAUGAAUUAGUAUCGGAUUUUAUAAUGACACCAAGGAAGCGUGUCGUGAGCGAUCUCGACACUUUCAAGAGUUCAUUUGGAUCCGAUUAUUUCAGCAAAAUCUACAGUUACGUUCCGGGAACGCACAUAAGUACUCCUGAUGAUUUUAACAUGGCCGUUUUCCGUACCAAUGAUUAUCUUAUAUCCAUAAAGGUCGAGGAGCUGUGCGAGAGUGAAAAAGUUUACCAAAGAUUCAAAAAUUUAAUUACUCGAAUAAGCCCCUUAAUCGAAGGAACAGAAGAUUACUAUUCAGAUGAAAGGGAUGACAGAUUCUAUAUUGAAACAAUCAAGCUUUUAAAAAGAGAAAUGGAAAAACUAUCCUUUCCACCUUAUGAAGAAAAUACAAAUUUAUUCAAACAACAAUUUGUGUUUCACGUGGACAGUUUGAAUGAUUUUUUGAAGCAAAUACUUAUAACAGGAACCGUGAGAAAAUGGGUGGGAAGUAUUAUGACUCAAAAAUAUUUGAAAAAAAUUGAAAAAGAAUCGUCGAUGGUGACGGACGAUAUGGAAAAAAUUAUAUUAAAUUGA